AAGACAUUCAUUCUAUUUAUUCAACAAUAGUUACUACAUUCCUCAGAAAAUUAGAAUUAAAUAACAAAUUAUGACUAAUAUGAUAAAACGUGGUGCAUUUAUAGUAUUUGAAGGCUGUGAUCGCAGUGGAAAAUCCACACAAUCCCGUCUAUUAGUAGAGCAUUUACAAAAGACAGCUGUACCGGUAAAACACAUGGUAUUCCCAGAACGUUCAUCCAACAUUGGACAACUUAUUAAUGGCUAUCUGACCAAUAAACAAGAUUUAAACGACGAAACAAUACAUCUGCUCUUUGCAGCCAACAGAUGGGAGCACACAAAUGAAAUAUUAAAUUUACUCAAGUCCGGCACUACACUGGUGGUCGAUCGCUAUUCCUAUUCGGGCGUUGUGUACAGUGCUGCUAAGGGUAUGUCUUUGAAAUGGUGUAUGAGUCCGGAAAAUGGUCUACCACGGCCAGACAUUGUGUUCUAUUUAAAAGCUGAAGCAGAUGCUUUAUUGGAUCGCGGUAAUUAUGGUGAGGAACGUUAUGAGAAAAAAGAAUUCCAAAUGAAAGUUGCCAAAAUAUACGAGGAAAUUUACGAAAAGGAAAAAGACUAUUGGCAUCAAGUCGAUGCUAAGCAAAAUCCAAGCGAUAUACAUGAACAAAUUAAGGAAAAAUUUGCAGAUAUUUUAAAGAACGUUGAGACAAAUGAAAUUAGCCAAAUAAAGUGGUAAAUAGUGGGUUCAAAUGUAUUAAAAAUAUAUGUUAAUUAUUGUUAAGUUAAAAAUAUGCUAUUAAUUACAUAUCUGCAAAAAUUAUAUUUAACAUACAAUUGUAAUUAAAUACCAAGCAAUUAAUUAUUAAGUACCUAUACAAUUAAAUGAAACAUUUUAAAGAAUUUCCAA